UCUGAGCAUGAAAUAUCCAUUCAAUCCAUUUCCAACACUCGCUGAAGUUGAAUUCAUUUACUGCCCUGUACUUGGGGCUAUCGGAGUGCCCGUUAAUUUAUUGACAAUCGCAAUCCUAUCUCGGAGAACCUGUGGACUCACCAAAUGUGUCAAUCAUUACUUGGUGGCCAUGGCCGUAGUGGACCUUCUGGUUGUCACCAGCGACAUAAUCUUGAGAUGGUUUAUCAUUUACUUUCCAGUUUCUUUCCUGGAUAUUACUCCCGUAUGUACUUUGGUAAGAGUGCUGAUGAUUGGCUCCACAGUCUGUUCAGUGUGGCUCACAGUUGCUUUCACCUUUGAUCGAUUUGUGGCCAUUUGUUCUAAGAAGCUAAGAACAAAAUACUGCACUGAGAAAAUAGCACUCAUGGUUAUUGGAACAGUGAGUGUACUGGGCUAUUUGGAAAGCAUUCCCUGGUUCUUCAAGUACAAAGCUAAAUACACCUUCAAUAACCUGGAGUGGUUUUGCAUUACAAAACCAGAAUAUUACACUUCAACCUUCUGGACUGUAUAUGUACUCCUCCAUCGCUUCCUAACUCCUUUAGUUCCAUUCCUUUUGAUUGUUCUCUUUAAUAUUCUGACAGUCAGGCACAUCUUCAUGGCAAGUAAAGCCCGCAGGAGACUCCAGAUGGUAACUGGUAGGGAAGGUCCAAGCGACCCCGAGAUAGAAAGGCGCACAAAGUCCAUCAUUUUAGUCUUCGCUAUCUCAGGCAGUUUUAUCAUGUUAUGGUUAAUCAAUGUUAUAUGUUUCAUCCAUCAGAAAAUUGCAUUGGUGUAUGAUUUAUAUCCACCUUCACCCACAACUGGUACCAUUGGAUACCUGCUCCAGCUCCUCAGCACCUGCACAAAUACUUGCAUCUACACAAUGACCCAGAGUCAGUUCCGAGAGCAGUUAAAAACAGUUGUCAAAUAUCCUUUCAGUUUGAUACUGAGUACGACCAAACCAUGA